GGUGAUCAUCCCUGUAGCUCCCAUUUCAAUCCUCUCUCUCUCUGUCUCGCUAUCUGCCUGUUAAACCCUAACAUAAGCCUCUCUCUCUCUCUCUCUCUCUCUCUCUCUGUGAGACGCGAGCAAUGGCCAUUUGCUACCAAGCUCCGGUAAAGCCCAUCUGCGUGCGACCCACCACCACUUUCUCCUCCACACCCAAACCCCAGUCUUUGCGCUGCAACCUCUCUGUCCCGAUCAGAACCCUAGUCUCCGAACCCGAACCCGUACUGACCUCCGUCAAGGCCUUUGCGCCGGCCACCGUGGCCAACCUCGGCCCGGGCUUCGACUUCCUGGGCUGCGCCGUUGACGGCCUCGGCGACUUCGUGUCGCUCUCCGUUGACCCCAACGUCCACCCGGGCCAGAUCUCCAUCGCCCACAUCACCGGCGAUGCCUCUGGCAAGCUCAGCAAGAACCCCAACUGGAACUGCGCCGGCAUCGCCGCCAUCGAGGUCAUGAAGAUGCUCGGCAUCCGGUCGGUCGGUCUCUCCCUCUCUCUCCACAAGGGCCUCCCCUUAGGGAGCGGCCUCGGAUCUAGCGCCGCCAGCGCCGCGGCAGCCGCCGUCGCCGUGAACGAGAUAUUCGGCGGGAGGCUGAGGCCGGAGGAGCUCGUCCUUGCCGGGUUGAAAUCGGAGGAGAGAGUCUCCGGUUACCACGCUGACAAUGUAGCACCGGCGAUCAUGGGGGGUUUCAUUCUGAUUCGAAACUACGAGCCCUUGGAGCUCAUGAGGCUCAACUUCCCCGCCGAGAAAGACCUCUUCUUUGUCCUCGUGAGCCCGGACUUCGAGGCACCGACGAAGAAGAUGCGCGCCGCAUUGCCUAGAGAGAUUGGAAUGGCGCACCAUGUGUGGAAUUGUAGUCAGGCCGGGGCGCUGGUGGCGUCGGUGUUGCAGGGGGACCUUGUGGGGUUGGGCAAGGCGUUGUCCUCGGAUAAGAUCGUGGAGCCGAGACGUGCGCCUCUGAUUCCGGGCAUGGAGGCGGUGAAGAAGGCGGCGAUCGAGGCCGGGGCAUUCGGGUGCACGAUAAGCGGUGCAGGGCCGACGGCGGUGGCGGUGGUGGGGAGUGAGGAGAAGGGUGAGUGGGUUGGGGAGAAGAUGGUGGAGGCGUUUUGGAAAGAGGGGAAUUUGAAGGCCGUGAAGGCUGUGAAGAAGCUUGAUAGGGUGGGUGCUAGGCUCGUUUCAUGAUGAUGGUUAUUUUUCAUUUUUGGAUGCAAAUUUGAUGAUAAAUAUUUGUUUUUGUGAUAAUGGAGUUGGUGAAAAAUGAAGAUCAUCUGCUGUUUCUUA